AUGGCGGUGAAGGAAUCGCUGCCAGUCUUUGACCUGGGUGAGCUCAUCAGCAUGAGCGCCACCGCCACGCCCGACUCUUGGUCAGCGGACCAUGCAGCAAGACUUCAAGAGGAGACCCGGCUGUUCUACGGGCUGGGCACCGCCCACAAGAUGGAAAGCGUGCUGCGCACUGUGCGGAAGUAUGUGUGCGCGGGCCGGGAGGUGGAGCAGAUGGUGCACGGGCAGAUGGAGGACAGCUCCUUGAUGCUCUCAGUGCUGAAUGUGCUGCGCCUACUGCAGAGGUUUGGAUUCCUGCCGAACCUUUCCACUUUCCAGGAGCUGCAGGGGCCCCUGCUACGGAUCUUGGACGGGCGCACCGACCUGCUGAACCUCCGAGAGGUGGAGCUGCAGCUGGAUGUGAGGGAUGUCAAGCCGGACCAUUUCGGCAUGGGCAGCGGCUCGUUGAGUGACGAUGCUGUGGUGCCGCUGCUGAGAGACGAAGAGGCCAGGUGGUCCGAUAUGGCAGCUUCACGGCCAACCGCUUAA